UGGUAAAUGGCAAAUGGCAAAAUACGGUGGGGUCAUCAUGAGUUGUGGAACCCUCAAACGAAGAGAAAAAAAAUAUUUGUUACAACGCGCUUUAGGCUAAAUCAUAUAUAUGUACGUUUUUGUUUUGAUUCUCAGUAACGGCAUUGCCUUAUGAUUGUAUUUUCGGCUCUUCCUCCCUUCCUUUCUUCCUACUCCAAACAGAAUCCCCCCCGCCCUCUCUCUCUGCCUUGUUUGCCACCUUUUAAACGCCUUCUCUCUUCUCUUCUUCUCACCUCUUUAUUUUCUCUCUCUUUCUUCUAGCUAGCUAUACCCAGUCAUGUCAGAGGAAGGCGGCCAUGAAAGUUUUUUAUUAUUGGAAAACCAGUCAUGGGCCUUAUCCAAUUCAGAUAAUAAUUCAACUGGUACUGGUGCUGGUAGUGAUGAGAAAUCAGGCAAAAACCAACAAGAGCAAGAAACUUUACAAGACGAGACUGAGAAGAACAAUAAGAGAGAACUUGGAGGAGGGGGUGAAAAGAAUGGGAAAGGAGGAGGAGGAGGAGGUGAAUCGGAUGAUCAUGAAAUGCAUAUAUGGACAGAAAGAGAGAGGAGGAAGAAGAUGAGAAACAUGUUUUCUAACCUUCAUGCUUUGCUUCCUCAGCUUCCUCCUAAGGCUGACAAAUCCACCAUAGUUGAUGAAGCAGUAAACUAUAUCGAAACCCUACAACAAACUCUCCAAAAGCUACGAAAACAAAAGCUAGAGAGGCUCCAAGGUUCCAAUCAUGUUGGUUAUGAGCCCUCCUCCAUGAUGAACAACCAAAAGCAAGCUUUUGAUUUAUGCAGGGAGGCAUUCUUGGCUGAUCAAGUAUCUUCUAGUGACCCAACCAUUUUUUCGAAUUCUCUUUUGGUCUCUCAAUUCCCUGUACUAUUUCAAACAUGGACUUCUUCCAACGUUGUGUUGAACUUAUGCGGUAACGAAGCACAAAUAAGCGUGUGCUCACCAAAGAAGCCAGGGCUGUUCACCACUAUUUGCUAUAUUUUGGAGAAGCACAAAAUAGAGGUGAUAUCUGCGCAUGUUUCGUCAGAUUCUAAUCAAAGCAUGUUCAUGAUUCAAGCGCAUGCAAGUGGAGCUUCCAAUCAGCUGUCAGCGGCAUUUCAAGUGGAAGAAAUGUUCAAACAAGCUGCAGCUGAGAUCAUGUGCUGCGUCUCUUCCUGAUCAUAGCAUAAACUAGGCCCUCAAAUACAUAUUAUUGCUUCUUUUGGUAAAAGCGACCCGAGUUUUAGUAUAAGAGAUAUGGAGUAAAUCCAUCGCCAUUGACAAGAUCCUUUUACCAAUUAGCUACCAAUAUUCUGCAUGUUGCUUUGUUUGCUCGAAUUUGCAGCCUCAAUUAGGAUAUGAUUCUAGCUGCCCUCCCUCCAUAGUCUA